AUGGCAGCCCCCGUUGGACAAUGUGAGCUCUUACUGCUGACUGGCUGCAACAGCUAUGAUGACUCAGAUUUGCCAGAUGCUGUCAAGAUGUUUCUAAACGGCCACUAUGAGGCUGUUCUGAGCUCGGACAUAUCCAGAUUGAUCUUGGUUGGAGAAAGUGAUGAUUUAGCGAGUCGUUCAGAUGCGUUUGGUUGUUUCAUAAAACAGAAUGUUGAACAUCUAGCUGUACAGCAGGAGACCGCGGAAGAGCUGAGGUCUCUGCAGGUGUUGACCGUUGCUGCUGCUUGUCUUCAGCUGUUUAUACAGAACAACUGGCUGGGACCACCCACAUCCACAUGUCCACUGGAGUUUUGUCACAAGUCUUUCCACAACAGGGUCAAGGAUGUGGAGACCGAGGCCCUGGAUGACCUGGCCACGGAUGGCGAGACUGUCUACUCCAAGUCCAGACACCUGAUCUACUUGUAUAUUGCCAGAUGUCUCUUGGUUGACUGCAGGUCAUGUUUUACUCCCAUUCAGACCUGGGACUGGUGGGUCCUGCGAUGUUUGAUGACACAACAGCAUCUGCUGUCUGAGAGAUCUCCCACCUUGAAAGAAACUGUCUCGCAGCUGAUAGAUGACAUUUCUACUAGAGAGCCCAUGAUGACAGAUGAAUCCAACAGAGAUAUCCACAUCAUGUUCCAUGUUGAGGUAGGCCAUGCCCUCAACACUUACUUUGAGUACAAGAGAGCUGCUGAGCACUUUGAUUCUGCCAGGAAAAUUUCAGGCAUUCAGGUCAAACUGACAGGGGCCAUGGGCAAGAGAACCCGGUUCCAGGAGUCUGACACAGCACAGCUGGUGCUCCAAGUGCUCAAGGAGAACACGGAGGAGCAGGAGAAUGGGGAGCACAUUGUUGUCAAGCCUGCCUGUUUACCCAAGAACCUGCCACUUGAUGAUGAUACUGUCUUGAAUGAGGUCAAGUUUGCAGAUGAUUCAGUCCUGGUAUCCCCCAGGUUGUCCUCCAUUGAACAAGUGUUGAUUCUUGGACUGAUGGAGAGUUACAGACGCAGUCGAGCUCAGGAGAGGUUGACAGAUGAAGAAGUUCUUACGUAUAUAUCUUUUCUCCUGUCUCACACCAACAACUGGAAUGUGUCUGUGUGUGCCUUGAAUCUGAGGUCAAAGCUGGAAAGAGAAAACCGGAGACGGGUGGAGAGAUCUAUGAUGCAGUUGGAGGAGCUGGUGAAAACUGCACUGACUCCGGAUGGGUCGCCAGACAUCAGUUGUCGCAUUCCAUUGUUUUAUGCUUGCAAUGUUGCGCCAGUUUGGACUGUACAGCGAGACUUGGCCUCUUUAUUAUUGUCACUGGGCUGUACAGGAAGUGCGCUUGAUGUCUUUGAGAAACUGGAAUUGUGGGAUGAUGUCAUUGCUUGUUAUCAGAAACUAGGCAAACGAGAAAAGGCAGAGUCCGUGAUCAGAGAGCAGCUUGCCGUCAAGGAGACACCAAAUCUGUUGUGUUACCUCGGAGACGUCACCCGGCAGCUAGAGCCUUAUCAGCGAGCCUGGGAGCUGUCUGGUCACAGAAACGCUCGCUCCAUGAGGUGUAUGGGCUACAUCCAUUUCCAGGAAGAGAAGUUUGAGCAAGCCAUUGAAUGUUUUGCAACAAGCUUAAAAAUCAACUGCCUACAGAUUCCAGUGUGGUUCACAUAUGGUUGUGCUGCCAUGGCCUGUCAGAAGUUUGAGGUCGGAGCCAAAGCCUUCAGACAGUGUGUUUCUAUUGACUACGAU